AUGCAGUUGGCCCGAAGAGCGCCAUGGCUAUUGUUCAGCGACAUCCACUUCAGGCACCUUGACCUUGAUCGCAUUCAGAAGACGGCGGACUGGAUUACAGCUCUAACACGACAGCGCCGGAUCCAACGAGUCGUUAUUUGCGGAGACCUUUUGAAGGACCGCUCUAAGUUAUCAACGAACGUGCUGUCGGCUUGCUAUCGUUUUCUCAACGAGCUAAGCGAGGCAGGGCCGCAUAUUCACAUCAUCCUGGGCAACCAUGACCUUGCAUACAAAAACGACUACCACACGACUGUCCUGGAAGCUCUGAGAGCAAGCCGGUUAUCUCCAUUCGUUUCCGUUCACAGCGAUGUGGCCACAGCCGAAUGGGAUGACCGUAGGGUGCUACUGCUGCCUUUUCGAGAAAAUCAGAACGACCUGGUCAACGCAGUGGAUGCCUUGGAUUCCAAAACAGCCCGACAAACGGUCGCAUUUGCCCACCUAGCUAUAAACGGCGCCAUUACACAGCGCCAUGUUGUUGGCGGCACAAAUUCGAUCACCUACCGAGGCCUCACAGGCCCCGACAGAUUCGCCUCCCUAGCCCGAACUUUCACUGGCCACUUCCACAGUCACCAGACGAUAACUCCGCAGGCUAGGAGAAAUUCUGGUGGACAUUGCGACCCAUUGCAGGGAAGCAUCAUCUAUCUUGGCUCUCCGUUACAGCUGACUUGGAACGAUCUUCACGACGAAAAACGAGGCGUUGUUCUGCUAGACCCAGAUACACUACAGCAUGAGCUCAUCGUUUCCCCUUUCGGGGUUGGGUACACCACCAUAGACUCGGGGAUCGUUCUCAGGGGCGAGGCCGACCCCGACGCCAUAAAGAGCAAGCACGUAAUGCUUACUGGGGACCUUAGCCGGUAUACAUAUGUCACGGCACGUGACCGACUUCUGGCUGAAGGCGCCAGGAGUGUGCGGAACUGGAACCCCCUCGGCCCGGCCCUCCGAGACCAGCCAUACGCUCGUGGCGGUUUGGGAUCUACCGUUCUAGACAGCGAUGUUGUAUUGGAAGAGGCUGCGGCGGCUCCUCGGGCAGAAUCUGUUCCCAGUGCACAGACAACUGCUGCUAUCCUUGGCGUGGAACUUCCACCGCCUCCGCCACAACUGGAUCUAAGUGCAGAGGCGCGCGAGUAUGUGAGCUUGUUGGACCUGGAGAGUCCACUACGCGAACGACGUGAGGCGCUGAUUGAUGUUGGCCGUCGGCUUGUCGGUAUAACUGGCCAGACCGAGGAAGAGUCAGAUGGCGGGAAGAGCAGCAUCUGCUACGAGUCCCUGUUCAAGGCUGAGGUAGUGGAGCCGGACUGGGUCGACAGAGAAACAGGCACCGAUGCAUUGCCACAGCCCAAAGUAGCAGAAACAUCUCUGGCUACUCACAUCUUCGUGGCCAAACUGCGGUCACUCACGAUCACCAACUUCUUGGGAAUACAAGGCCGACUGCGGCUCGACCUGGGCCGAAACGUGCCCCGUGGUCUGGUCUUCCUCUCGGGCGAGAACGGCUCAGGUAAGAGCACGAUUAUCGAGGCGAUGACGUGGUGUCAAUUCGGACGGUGCAUCCGCGGCGGGAUGGCGGCAAACGACGUGGUAAACGACGCAGUCGGUCGAGACUGCAGCGUUGAGCUGGCGUUUGACAAUGGCUACACCAUUACGCGGCAUCGCAAGAGCCGGACGCAUGGCAACAGGGUUCUUGUGUCGCUGCACGGCGUGGUUCAGACGCAGUUCGAGCAUGGCCAUUCGCGAGACACCCAGGCGGCCAUUGGCGAGUUGUUGGGCAUUGACUUCGACACUUAUGCCCGGACUGUGGUGCUUGGCCACGAGAGCACGACUGGAUUUCUCAACGCGAGCGGCGCCCAGCGACGAGAUCUGAUCGAGACCGCGCUGGAACUCUCCUCGCUGGACCGGUGCAGCGCGGUGUCCCGUGACCUGCUGAAGGACAUGGAUGCAGAUAUUGCCGAGGUCCAAGUCAAGCUGCGCUCGUUGAUGCAGACGAAAAAGUAUGCUCAAGACCGUCUUCAAGGUUUACAGAAAAAGCAGGAAUUUCUGAUACAGGGGCUGGAAUCGGCCACCGGAGCAGCAGCAGCAAGCCUCAAAGAGUUAGGGAAUCAGAAAGUCGCGGAUGAAAAAGACGAUACAUCCCCAGAGCUGUUGUCUUUGGAUUCCGAGUACUACGAGCUUCGAACGCAAAUCAGCGCGCUUGAUGACCAGAUGGCGACGGUGACACGCAAGGAAAGUGAAGCACUGGCGCAGGUCCGAUUGGCCGAUGCAUAUGCCGCAUUUCGUAAGAGGAAGGCGGACUUGCUCAGCCAGCUGCACAACGGUGAGCUGCGACUAGAUCGUCUCCAAUCUUCGUUCGCCCUGCUGCGCGACCAGAACACAGAGAAAGUUGCCAACGACUUUGGAGUGGAGCAAGAAGAUCUUGACAAGGUCGUGCAAGAUCAAGCCGCGGAGAAGCUAGAUCGUGAUGCCUUGUGGCGAGAAGUAACAGAGCUGCAACAAAACCGUCAAGAGCUGCAGCAGCGAUACAAGACGUCACGUCUCCAGUACGAAGAGUGGAGUUUAAAGACUACGGCCUACGAACAGGCACGGAAGCUUAUGAAGGCUAAGCAGCAGGAAGCGGAAAUGUAUGCGCAUCUCGUGGAGACCGAGGAGGGCGAGCUUGUUAGCCUCGGUGUGCAGCAGGUUAAGAUGGGUGUCCAGAUGGCGGAUCUGGAAUCCAACCGUGAACUGCUUGCUUUCUGGGUCUCGACGUUAGCCAAGAAGACAUACCGGACGACGACAUCAUCCCCAGACAGCAAGGGCAAGGGCAGAAAGGGCGAGAAGGGCAGCACACGCACCACAUUUCGAGAGUACCUUCUGGACAAGAGCCUGGAUGAGCUCAACGGCCUGAUGGCCCAAGUGCUGACAGUGCUGUACGACGACGCGAACUACGCCAAGGCCACGGCCACAGGUCUUCUGCGCUCGCUGCUUACUGACGGGGACGAGCGUCUUGUGCUGCUGGACCGGACGCUGCAGGUUGGUGGUGGCAGCUCGGUGGCCGGACUGGCCUAUGGCAAGCGCAGCAGUGGCGAGCGCAAGCGCCUAGACCUGGCCCUCUUCUUCGCGCUCGUGCAGCUCGGCCAGGCUCACAGUCGACACCGGGCGCACUAUCUGUUGGUGGACGAGGUCUUUGACAGCCUUGACACGGCCGGACAGGCCGCCGUGGUGCGGUGGUGCAGCUUGAUGGAGGCGCGGGUCGACCUCGUCCUCAUCCUCACCCACAGCCCGUUCCUCGUCCAGGAUGGCGAUCUGAGUGAGAGUGCUGGAGGCGCUGGCGGUGCCGUCGCCAUGAUGACGGCUCGAGGAGGCAGCAGAGGCACUGAGCUGCUGAUGAACGGGCGGCAGAUCGGACGGGAGACUGGAUAG